UCACAAUUAUGGGCUAGAUGGGCAGUCCAAUCCAACAGCAACGCCCAUCUACUGCCAUGUGGUAAAAGAUACACCCUCCAUGAAGAUAGCCUAAUUUCAUGAUGCCUGCUCCUCUUCCACGAUGUUUCUUUGACAUAGCUAUCAAUGGAGUGGCAACUGGGCGGGUUGUGUUUGAGUUAUAUAGUAAUGUGGUUCCCAAGACAACGGAGAACUUCCGGUGUCUGUGUACGGGUGAGAGGGGGGAGGGCAAGAGCACGUUCAAGCCACUACACUACAAGGGCACACCCAUCCACCGUAUAGUGAAGGGAUUCAUUGUACAGGGAGGAGACUUCAGCUGCGGUGAUGGAACGGGUGGGGAGUCCAUCUAUGGUGGCAUGUUCAAGGAUGAGGCAUUCCAGCACAAACACGAGAAACCAUUCCUCCUCUCAAUGGCCAACAAGGGACCAAACACCAACGGAUCUCAGUUCUUCAUUACCACUCGUCCUGCCCCCCACCUUGACGGCAUUCACGUGGUGUUUGGUCAUGUGAUCAGUGGAGUACAGUUUGUGACAGAGAUGGAGAAUCAGAAGGUGGACACGAACCAUCGACCCUACGCUGACGUCAGGAUUGUCAACUCAGGGGAGCUGGUACGAGUCUCUAAAGCUAAGAAGGUCAAGAAGAGAGCAGUGGUGGAGUUGUCAGCAGAGUCUAUCAGUCAUGAUGAGUCAUCCUCUGAGAUUGAGAGUGAAGAAAGCUCCAGCGAUGAGAGGAGCAAGAGACGUAAGAAAGGGAAGGUCAUAAAUAAGGAGAAAAGAAAAAAGAGGCGUAGGGAGAAGAAAUUGAAAACGAAAAAGAAAAAGAAGCCUCCACAGUCUGACUCUGACUCAGAGGAGAGCUCUGUGUUGUCAGGUGAUGAUCAUGUGACCUCCACGAUGGUUGAUGAGGAGGAGCCUCCCCUUCCUCCUGAGCUAGAGGAUGAAGCUAACAAGUCGUGGCUGUACCGGCGCAGUAGGACACCCUCACCCGUCAGGGAGGAGAGAAAGAAAGAUACGAAUUUAACAACAACAAGAAGUUCCAUUCAGUACUUCCCUAUAAUAUGAGUGUUGUCUGUAGGU